AUGGGGAACUGUUUCGUGGCGAGGAUCAAGGCGGAGAGCCCUUUCCACAGCGUUUCUCCCUCAGGUGAGCACCAAUGGCAUCCACUGUGAGCAGAAUUAUUAUUCGAUUCCUCCUUCCCCACGCAUCGGCGGAUUUUGUUUCCCUUCGUUUUUUUCCUUGUCGACCGAGUGAUUCAGAUCCCGGUCCAGUCUUCUGUGCGAUUUCUUCCGAAUAAUUUGGAUUUAGCAGGAGACGUAGCCCCUCCUGCUUCGAUCUAAAUCGCCAGCUCUUGAGGCAUUGCUUCCCCGCUCUUCUUCUUCUUCUUCCUUCGAUGAUCACAUAAGGGGUCAUCAUCGAUUCUCCUUUUUUCUCCCCCCUGCAACGGAUUGGAUGACACCAUGUGUGGAUCUCGCAGGUCCGAAUUCCCACUGUCCGAGCGUUUCCGGCAGCAUGGGUUCCUCCGUCUCGGUUCCCCCGACACCCCGGAGCGAGGGGGAGAUCCUCCAGUCUCCCAACCUGAAGAGCUUCACAUUCAGCGAUCUGAGGAGCGCGACGCGGAACUUCCGCCCUGACAGCGUGCUGGGCGAGGGCGGCUUCGGCUGCGUCUUCAAGGGAUGGAUAGACGAGAACUCGUUCACCGCCGCCAAGCCCGGGACCGGCAUCGUCAUCGCGGUGAAGAAGCUCAACCAGGAGGGUUUCCAAGGCCACAAGGAGUGGCUGGUGAGCCUCCUCUCCAUUCGCCCAGAUUCCAUCCCCCAUUGGACUCCAAAAUUCAGACUCCCCUGGCUGAAGAUCGUCCGGGAAUUCUCCGAUAACAAUUUUUUUUCCGCAGAUUUAGAGCUUCAGCAAUCGCCGUUUGAUCCCCUCACCUCCCCCCUCUCUCUCUGUCUUCUGACAUGGGAUUCCUUCGAUUCUCAGGCGGAGAUCGACUACCUCGGGCGGUUCUACCACCCUAACCUCGUGAAACUAAUCGGAUACUGCCUCGAGGAUGAGCAUCGGCUGCUGGUCUACGAGUUCAUGCCGCGGGGGAGCUUGGAGAACCAUCUCUUCAGGAGUACGCGCCACCCCUUCCCGCCUUUCACCUUCGUCUUCCACCUGACAUGGGAUUCUCAGCUGCCCCUCCAUUGUCGUCGCUUGCAGGGGGCUCCUACUUCCAGCCGCUGUCAUGGAACCUGAGGAUGAGAGUCGCCCUCGGCGCUGCCAAGGGGCUGGCCUUCCUCCACGGCGCUCAGACCAAGGUCAUCUACCGGGACUUCAAGACCUCUAACGUCCUUCUCGAUUCGGUGAGUAGGGAGAUGACCCUCCUCUCUCUUCCUCUCCCUCGACCCCUUCGUCGUCUCCGCUCCCUUCUGAGACUUCUUUCUCUUCGCGGAGUUGCAGAACUACAAUGCCAAGCUCUCGGACUUUGGUCUGGCCAAGGACGGCCCCACGGGGAACAAGAGCCACGUCUCCACGCGAGUCAUGGGCACCUACGGAUACGCGGCCCCCGAGUAUCUGGCCACCGGUGAGUCCCUCUUCUUCUCCUUCUUCGGAUUGUAUGGUCGGAGGGUUGACCUGAUUCUCGUUGCUGCUGCUGUGGGCGAAGGUCAUUUGACGGCGAAGAGCGACGUGUACAGCUUCGGGGUGGUGCUGUUGGAGAUGCUGACGGGGCGGCGAGCGGUGGACAAGAACCGGCCCUCCGGCGAGCACAGCCUGGUGGAGUGGGCGAGGCCCUACCUCGCCAACAAACGCAAGGCCCUCCGCAUCUUCGACGCCCGCCUGGAAGGCCAGUACUCCGUAGCGGCGGCGCACAGGGCCGCUGCCAUGGCACACCGCUGCCUCUCCACAGAGGCCAGGUGCCGCCCCAACAUGCAGGAGGUUGUCUCCACUCUGCAAGCCCUCCAAGACGCCGCCGUCAAGGACGUCUCCUCUGCCGCCGCCGCCGCCGCUAGGGCCCCGCGGGCCGUCGCCGGCAUGGGCGGCGGCGGCGCCGUCCAGGGGUACAGGUACUCCGGCAGGGCUGUGAAUGGGAUGGCCGUCGCUUACCCCCGCCCCUCCGCUUCCCCUUUACGCGCCUAG